AUGGCUGUAGUUUUGCCUGAAGAAUGUGAUGGUGAGUUACCCGAGCUAGCAAUGCCUCUUCAACUUGUUGAUGAGAGCCCACCCCAGCCGGGCCAGGGCAAGAAGAGGGGCAGGCCAAAGGGCUCGGGAGGUAACAGGACCUCUAAGAAACCAGCUGCUGCUGUACCCAAGGCUGCAGGUAAAGCCAAGCCCAAGGCCAAGGCCAAAAGCAGCCAGAAGAAGCAGGCCCAGGAGAAGAUCUCAUCGACGUCUGAGGACCUGAGGAACGCUUUGUUUCUCGACCCUGGAAUGCAACUUGUCAUCGGGCCCAAGAUCCCGUGGUCUGAUGUCAUUGAUAUGCUGGAGACUAUUCCUGACGAGCCACAUGCGUCACUGCGAGAUCACUAUUGGGAGGUCUUCUGUCCCCAGCGUGUUGGCCCCCUGAUUCGGGAGAGAGGUUAUCGAUCCUCAAAGAGUAUUGACCUCAAGACAGGCUGGGACUUGAACGACAACAGUGUGCAACGCCAGGUGUUCAUAGACCUGAUCAGGGAGCGACCAUAUUUUGUUCUCCUCUGCCCGCCAUGCACAUACUUCUCGAACCUCAUGUUCACGAACUGGGGAAAGAUGGGAGCUGAGAAAUAUGGACACGUACAUUUUGCAGUGAGGCAGCUAGACUUCUGCAUGCUGAUUGCAGACUUUCAAGAGAAGUCUGGUGGCUACUAUGUGUUCGAGCAUCCAACAACGGCUCAGUCCUGGAAGCGUGCCACGGUCGCAAAACUGCAGGGCUUCAAGAUCAAGUUUGACCAGUGCCGCUUCGGCCUAAAGAGUGCAAGUGGCCGUUUGAUGAAGAAGCCCACGACGCUGAUGACAAACAGCCCUGUUUUGCGUGAUGCCUUUGACAACAAGAUGUGCUGUGGUGAUCACAUACACCAGCGUGUUCAGGGGCACGUUCAUGGGCAGCAGGUGUCCAAGGAAUCCCAGACGUAUCCUCCCGACAUGUGCCGGGCACUCGCCCUUGCAGUCAUCAACCAGUGGGCAGAAGAGUAUCCGAAGCCCUAG